AACACGCCACCGUGCGACGAAAUCUAGUUAAUCGACUUCGACUGUAGUUUGACAGAUGCUGGCUGAGUCAGUCGUGCACUGAAGUUUCGGCAGCUGUGUAGACUAGUACUAGAAUAGAACUAAAUUGUGUAAUCGUGAGUGCCUCUAUAAGAUAAUUUUGCCUUCUACUAACCGUCCUUCGCAUUAAAAUCCAAGAAUGGAUACCAAAACUGUCUCUGCUCCCGAAGUUAGCACCCCCGACUCAGGCGUGCAUGAGAACCUGACGCUGUCGCCUGAGGAGCAGGAGCGGCAGAACAAGGAGUGGGAGGCUGAGCUGGCUAAGACCGAGGAAGAGAUCAGCACGCUGCGCACGGUGCUCGCCUCUAAAGUGAACCACGCGCACGAGCUCAAGAGACGUCUCGGCAUCACCGUCUGGAAGGAACUCAGUGAUGACAUCAACCAGUCCUUCAAGACCGUCAGGGAGAGCCAGCCCUUCCAGUUCCUGUACGGCCGCCUGCCUGCCCUGCCUGCCUCUGCCUCCUUCACUGCUGACCUCGUGCAGGCUGGCAGGUACCAGAAGACGGCGGGCGCCAUCGGGGCGGUGGGCGAGAAGACGUCCUCGCUGUUCGGCGGUAUUGGUGCCAAGUUCGGGCAGCUGAAGGAGACGCCGACCUUCAAGAGCUUCGAGGAGCGCGUCGGGGGUGUCUACUCUGCAGCGCGGUCGAAGAUCCCUGGUGGCAGCGGAUCGAACUCGACGCAAGACUUCGAGGAGGCCUUCAAGGAGGCUGAAGGCGAGAAGGCUGCCGCUGAAGCCGCUGCUAACGCCACCGCCCCCGCCCAGGACGGCGUGGGGGGCGUCGACCCCAGCCAACAACAGCAGUCC